AUCUCGAUAAGUGGCUUCGGUUUGUGUACGUAUCAAGAUGAUAAACGAAAAUUAUGUAGAACAAAUAUCAUUGCAAGAAAUUUUAGUCACAUAAAACAACAAAAAUAACUGUAAAAAUGAGUGAACAACUUGAUGAAAUUCUGGUCGAUAUUCCCAAUAAAUUUUUGGACACGUUAGCAGAUACAUACAGGAAAUCCGGGAAAGUUCCUUACGCUAGCAGUCUUUUGAGGCAUGGCAAAAAGCUAAGAGAAGCAGGAAAAAAUUUUAUAACCUUCAUGUCUCCUGGAGACAGCUGGAAAGAAAAUGGUAGCUUAUUCUUUGCUUUAAUGCAGUUCCCUCAUAAAUAUCAAGUUGCAAUUUUCACCUUAACCAACAACGAUGAAAAAAUAUAUGAAACUUUAAUGAAAACGAAUAGGAUAGAUUUCAAUAAAAAUAAGGUGGUGUUUUAUGCCUUACCUAAUUGUCUUUACCCUACGAUUUUACGUGUGAUUGAAGAUAUGGCUCUGAAAAUCGAGAAAACAAAUGUCAAUUACAUUUACACCAUGUGGAGGAAGGAUGCUUUGAAAUUCCAAAUAGAAUAUCCUCCUGGCAUGAAAUCUGCAAAACUUGAAAGUCACCACUCCAAGUUGGUGAGUUCAUCUUGGACUCACUCAUUUCCCGGGAGCCAAGAAUAUGUCGAAGCUUUCAUUGACAACAAUGGAGGAAUCGGUUUAUUUGUCGAAUCGACCAAUGAAUUGGUAGCCUGGGCAUUGAAAACUGGUGUCGGUAAAAUAGGGCUACUUCAAACAGCACCAAAUCAUAGGAAAAAGGGUUACGCAUCAAUUAUCAUGAAAUUGUUGAGUAAGCAAAUAGCGGAGGAAGGUGAAAAUCCAACUACGAACGUUUUGAUCUCAAAUACUGCGUCAAUAAAAUUAAUGGAGAAAUUAGGAAUGCAAAAUGUUGGAACUUGCUAUUACAUCACUGUAUUUAAAUAAGUUACUACCCAGUAUAGCUUAGAAUUUUGUAGAAAAACAGUUCAAUAUCUCUGUUUGUAACACUCAACAUAAAAUUGAAGAAUGAUAAAAACCAGAAUAUUCCUACUUAGAUAUUUAACAAUAAUUAUAAUACUAAUAAUGA